CUGUGAUGAAGGUGUAUGGUUUGAUGUGUUUGAUUGCUGUGACGAAGGUGUAUGGUUUGAUGUGGCUGCUGCCGAUUGGGUCGGUGUGUUGAAGUUGAUGUCCGCUGGUGAGGUUCAAGUCAUUGUCAAUUCCUUGUUGCCACUGGUUGAUGGCACGAUGAUCAACUUUGAUGAUUACUUUCUGCCUCUCCUUGCAGUUCAGAGCACCUCACUGUCAGUUAACAAUGUUCUUGCAUGUUGUGGGUCUAUGUGUGGAGGUGGCUGUGAUGGAGGCUGGCCUAUCAAUGGCUGUCAAUACUUUGUCCAAAAUGGCGUCGUCACAGAAGAGUAAGAGCUAAAUUUAUCCUAUGCUUGGGAUUCCUUCACGGAUAUAGCAAUCUUUAUGCACUAUUUUUGAACAUAGAAAUAAUAUGCCUAAAGAUGGGGAUGAGAAUGGAAGUGCAGCCGAUGUUCUUAAGAAAGGAGAUGAGAGGAUAGGUUCUGGUCUUCAAGCUGCACAGCUGCAUUUUUCACACAUCCUCCACUCACAUCGGUAUUUCCAAAAGUACAACAAGGCUCAAGCUAAGCCAAAGAAUGGAAAGGAAGAAGGUUGAAGAUGCCCGGCCAAAAAAAACCCUCGUUGCCUGUUCAUUGAAAGUUCAACCAAAUUUUACAUUUGAUUCUUGGAAUUCAUCCUCUGGUGUUGGUUUCGGCUUUGUGUUGAGAGAGAAUUUCUUCAUUUGAAAUUAUAAAAAAAGCAAAAAAAAUAAGAAAAGGAACUGAUAUAUGCUGAAAAAACCAAAGUCAACCAGCUGCAAUAUAGAUUUCUCA